AUGGCAAAACCUGAAGAGGUACCAGGAAACCAGCCUCAAAGCAAGUAUGAUCCUUCUCUAGGCACUCAGCUCCACAACAUUGGCAGCAGUAAAGUCCUCCUGCCCAGCAGAAACAGGAAAUAUAUCCAGUCUAACACGAAGCCCAGAACGUCCCAAAACCCCAUCCCUGCCAGGGGGAGAACCAACACUGACGAAAGAACAGAUGUACCACGGUGUCCAAGGUCAGCCGAUCAAUCUGCGGUGAUCGACUCUAACUAUUGGUCCCAAAACAAGCAAGAUCUGGUCCAUCAAGUGACCACCCAGCAAGGACCCCAGCAGACGGUCAUUCAACCAACAGGAGAGUCUCAUAGCCGAGUCAGACUGUUUUCUGGCCUUCAGGAAAGAUUCCCAAACGACCAGAAGCCCAAACAGCAGAACCUUCAGUACCCCAGCAUACAGUCUGAAACCGGAGGAGGAACCAGUCGGCCCUCCUUCCUCGGCGUAUCUGCUCAACACAUUUCAAACAGUCCUGAAAACCAACCAAACAAUCCCACCAGGAGCUCGGAGAGGAGACCUGCUGCAGGGGCAGCCGGGGUUACUGGUUCCAACAUGGGUUUGAAUGGUUCUAGUGGUUCAGGAUCACAUCAGAAGAUCCACACCAGUUCUGACUGCAGCCGGCACAGCCAGUACGGAUCCAGUGUUCACAACGGCAUCAUGAGAGGUAAACAGAUCAGCUGAUGAAGAACAGGAACCUCUGUCUGCAGAGUCUGAUUUAAUAAAGCUUCUGUUUGUAUAAGACCU